GGGGGGCGAGGGGCGCGCGGCUGGGCGGGGCCGGAUCGGCUUUCCUCCCCCCCCUCCCCUGCGUGGCAUCGCGGUGGGCGCGCCCGGAGCUGCCUGCCCGCCCGCUCGGCUGGGGCGGGCCCUGUGGCGGGCUCGUAGCGAUGGCGGCGGCAGAGGUGGCGCGGCAGGGUGAAGGCUGUCGUACUGUCCCGCUUUCCGGACACGUAGGAUUUGACAGUUUGCCUGACCAGCUGGUUAAUAAGUCAGUUAAUCAUGGGUUUUGUUUCAACAUCCUGUGUGUGGGGGAAACUGGCCUUGGCAAGUCCACCCUCAUGGACACACUUUUCAAUACCAAGUUUGAAGGUGACCCAGCAUCUCACUCACAGCCUGGGGUCCAGCUGAAAUCCAGUACCUACGACCUGCAGGAGAGCAAUGUCAACCUCAAACUGACUAUUGUGAGCACAGUGGGCUUUGGUGAUCAGAUCAAUAAAGAGGACAGCUAUAAGCCCAUCGUUGAAUUCAUUGAUGCUCAGUUUGAAGCCUACUUGCAAGAAGAGCUGAAGAUAAGAAGGGUCUUGCACAACUACCAUGACACCCGGAUACAUGCUUGCUUGUACUUCAUUGCUCCAACAGGCCACUCGCUGAAAUCCCUGGACUUGGUAACAAUGAAGAAGCUUGACAGCAAGGUGAACAUCAUUCCCAUCAUUGCCAAAUCUGAUGCCAUUUCCAAGAGUGAGCUGACCAAAUUUAAAAUUAAAAUCACAAGUGAACUGGUUAGUAACGGGGUUCAGAUCUACCAGUUCCCAACAGAUGAUGAGUCAGUGGCGGAGAUAAAUGGGACAAUGAAUGCCCACUUGCCAUUUGCAGUGAUCGGGAGCACGGAGGAGCUGAAAAUAGGAAACAAAAUGAUGAAAGCUCGUCAGUACCCCUGGGGCACUGUGCAAGUGGAGAAUGAAGCUCACUGUGAUUUUGUGAAGCUGCGGGAGAUGCUGAUCCGUGUAAAUAUGGAAGACCUUCGUGAACAAACCCACACACGCCACUAUGAGCUGUACCGACGAUGCAAGCUGGAAGAGAUGGGUUUUAAGGACACUGAUCCAGACAGCAAACCCUUCAGCUUACAAGAAACUUAUGAAGCCAAAAGAAACGAGUUUCUGGGAGAACUGCAGAAAAAGGAAGAGGCAAUGAGGCAAAUGUUUGUCCAGAGGGUCAAGGAAAAAGAAGCGGAGCUGAAGGAGGCUGAAAAAGAGCUGCACGAAAAGUUUGAUCGCCUGAAAAAGUUACAUCAGGAUGAAAAAAAGAAGCUAGAGGAUAAGAAAAAGUCUCUGGAUGAUGAAGUAAAUGCAUUUAAACAAAGGAAGACAGCAGCUGAAUUGCUCCAAUCUCAGGCUCAGCAGGCUGGAGGAUCUCAAACUCUUAAAAGAGAUAAGGAAAGGAAAAAAAACAAUGAGAGAUGUUGCAUGGCUUUAGCAGGAGAUCCCCAUGCCAGGGACUGGUGUGACAGUAUCCAGCCCCUCGUCAGGGUCCUGUGAUCUGUGCUGUCUGCAGUGCCCAUGCCAGGCUCCUAAUGCUCUUCAGUUGCUCAGGAGUACAGGUGAAACAGUUCUCCCAGUUCACACAGCAAUGAGCAGUUCCUUCUCACUGUGGUAUGUUUCCCAAAAUGGAGUGCUGUGCCACCUUAGCAUGUGUGCAAAGAGCAGUGCACAGAUAAAGAAGGGUUUGGUUUCUGUACCACUGCCAUAAUCCCCUCUCUGCACAUCCCUGAGGCAAAUCCAGAAUACGUUUUGCCUGCACAGCAUGGUCUUAAGUACAUGGAGAAGUGCUGUUAAUAUGAACAGUAUGGCACAUGCCCAGAAAGUUUGUCAGGGAAAAUAUCUCUUGGCCGUUAAGCCUGGAAUCAAACAAGACAGGAGAGGAAAAACCCAAUAACCAGAAUGAGAUCCUGGUUUAGUCUUUCCAGUUUUGAGCUGGAGCUGCUUCAAUGUCAACAUUCUUUUGUGAUGAGCAAUUAGUGCUGCCCUUUUCUCACUUGUCUGUUCCUUUUUCCACUGUGGAUUUUGAUUUGCUCUUUUGAAUUACCUUCAGGGGAUUUUACUAUCUUUUCAUACUGGGAGCUUGGACUGUGUAAGGAAUACACAACUUAAGUCAGUCAGGGUAAGGAAUGCAGAAAAGGGAGAUGACAUGCCCUGUAGUGUAAGCAAUCAGUCACUGCGCCCAAGUCACACUCUUGUUCCCAGAAGCAGUUCUGAUUCUGGAGUAGCUCCUUGACACCAAGCACAUUCACAUGGUACCAUCUGUGUCAGUUUAGGAUUCUGAAAAGCCAGAAAAUGCCAUGAAAGAGAUAGGUCAGUGCUUGAGUAAGGCUUGGUAUUAGGGGGCUUCUCUCUCCUCCAGGAAAAUAGCUGUCAGAAAUAGUGCUGUUCUCUGUACUCUGUAGCUUCUUCAUUUGUCCUUAAUAAUUCACUUCAGUAUUUAGAUCAUAAAUAUCUCUAACAAUCCAUAAAUUUCACAAGCUGUAGCUUAAUUUUAUCUUGUUUACUAGUAGCUGGCAGUACACUGGCCUUUUUCUUUCACAGGUGACUCUUCUAAACCCAAGCUACCCAAGCUCUAUAAUUUGCACUAAUCAUGACUUAG